AUGACGGCCGUCGUCCGCCACCGUCCAGGCCCCACCGACAUGGAUUCCAAAGUCAAACAAAUGAUCAAACUCAUUGAAUUAGAUGCUGAUUCCUUUGCAAGGAGGGCAGAGAUGUACUAUAAGCAACGCCCAGAGCUUAUGAAGUUGGUCGAAGAGUUUUAUAGAGCAUAUCGUGCCUUGGCUGAAAGAUAUGAUCAUGCCACCGGGGCCCUUCGGCAGGCGCAUCGAACAAUGGCAGAAGCAUUUCCCAACCAAGUCCCCUUUAUGCUGGGUGAUGAUUCCCCUGCAGGUUCUGCUAUUGAUGGCAAUCCCCGUACACCUGAUAUGCUGCCAAUACGCGCACCUUUUGACCCUGAUGAGCUGCAAAAGGAUGCUUUGGGCGUCUCACCAUCAUCCCAUGCUAUCAAUAGGAAUGGAGCUUUUACUGAAGAAUCAGAUUCUGUUCCUGGAAGAAAGGGUUUGAAACAGUUCAAUGAUCUUUUUGGGUCUGGAGAUGGGGUGAACCAUGCUAAAUUUGCAGAAGGGAGGGUGAGAAAAGGCCUCAGUUUCCAUGAUCCAGAGGAGAAAGACCGAGGUGUGCAAAACAACAGCAGCCAUGAUUUCAAGGUUCGAGUCCCAUCCGAGUCUGAGCGAGUGAGUAAAGCCGAGCUAGAAAUUUUGACUUUAAAGAAUGCACUUGCUAAACUAGAAGCUGAAAAAGAAGCUGGCCUGCUUCAGUAUGAGCAGAGUUUGGAAAGAUUGUCUAAUCUGGAGUCAGAAGUCUCUCGUGCAAGAGAGGAUUCCAGCGGACUUAAUGAACGAGCUGGCAAAGCUGAAGCUGAAGUUCAAACUUUGAAGGAAGCCCUUGUCAAGUUAGAGGCUGAAAAGGAAUCUAGUUUUCUUCAAUACCAGCAGUGUUUGGAAAAAAUAUCUAAUCUGGAGAACCAUAUCUCCAAUGUCCAAAAGGAUGCAGGAGAACUAAAUGAGCAAGCUAGCAAGGCUGAAUUUGAAAAUCAAUCUCUAAAGCAAGACCUGGCUAGAUUAGAAGCUGAAAAAAAUGUUGCGGUGGUUCAGUACAAACAGUGUUUGGAGAAGAUAUCUGAUCUAGAGGACAAAUUACUGAGUGCACAGGAAGACGCCAGGAGGUUCAGUGAGCGUGCAGAUGAUGCUGAAAGGGAAAUUGAAACCUUGAAGCAAGCUUUGACUAAGCUAACUGAAGAGAAGGAAGCUGCUGUCACUCAGUACCAGCAGUGCUUGGCAACAAUUGUCAGUCUGGAGCUUAAAAUUACUUGUUUUGAGGAGGAAGAACAAAGGCUUAACUCAGAGAUAAAUGAUGGGACUGUGAAGCUAAAGGGUGCCGAAGAGAGGUGUAUUCUGUUGGAAAAAUCAAAUCAAACCAUGCACUCUGAGUUAGAGUCACUGGUGCAGAAAGUUGCAGCUCAAAGCGAAGAAGUUACGGAGAAGCAGAAGGAGUUGGGGAGACUUUGGACUUUUGUCCAAGAAGAGCGCUUGAGAUUCGUUGAGGCUGAAACUGCUUUUCAAACUCUACAGCAUCUGCACUCUCAAUCUCAGGAAGAACUGAGAUCUAUGGCAGCUCAGCUUCAGAAUAGGGCUCAAAUUUUGGAGGAUCUGGAAGCUCGCAAUCAGAGUUUAAAAGACGAAGUGGAGCAUGUCAACUUGGAGAACAAGAGCCUAAGUGAAGUCAACUUAUCUUCAGCUCUGACUAUACAGAAUCUGCAAGAUGAGAUAUCAAGCUUAAGGGAGACCAUAAUGAAACUUGAAGCGGAGGUUGAGCUUCGAGUGGACCAAAGAAAUGCUCUUCAGCAAGAAAUUUACUGUCUAAAGGAGGAAAUAAAUGAUCUUAACCGGAAGCAUCAGGCAAUCAUUGGGCAGGUGGAAUCAGUUGGUUUAAGUCCAGAGUCCUUUGGGUCGUCUGUGAAGGAUUUGCAGGAUGCCAACACAAAGCUAAUGGAGGUUUGUGAAAGGGAAAGAAGUGAAAAGGUAGCUCUUUCGGAAAAGUUGGAGAUCAUGGAGAAACUUAUUGAAAAAAAUGCUCUUCUGGAGAAUUCUUUAUCAGAUUUGAAUGUUGAGCUAGAAGGGGUUAGAGAGAAGGUAAAGGCACUGGAAGAAUCCUGUCAAUCUCUUUUGGGAGAGAAAUCUGUUCUUGUUUCUGAGAAGGCUUUGUUGUCCUCUGAGUUGCAAUUUGUAACUGUUAAUUUGGAGAAACUUAAAGAGAAGAACAACAUUCUGGAGAGUUUCCUCCUCGAUGCAAAUGCUGAACUUGAAGGGUUGAGGGCAAAAUCAAAGAGCUUAGAAGAUUUAUGCCUGCUGCUUGAGAACGAGAAGUCUGACCUGGCCUCUAUGAAAGGAAGUUUAACUUCUAAGCUGGACAUCACUGAGAAAAGCCUACAGGAUUUGGAGAAAAAUUAUACAGAAUUAGAAGAGAAAUAUUCCCUUCUGGAGAAAGAGAGAGAAUCCGCAGUCCAUGAAGUAGAAGAAUUAAUGGUUUCUUUAGAUGCUGAAAAGAAAGAGCAUAAUAAUCUAGCCCAGUUGAGUGGGUCUCAAUUGGCUGGCAUGGCAUCACAGAUCUGGUUGCUACAAGAAGAAGGUCAACGCAGAAAGAAAGAAUAUGAAGAGGAGCUGGACAAAGCGGUGAAUGCGGAGAUUGAGAUAUUUAUUUUGCAGAAAUGUGCACAAGGUCUGGAAGAAAAGAAUUUUUCCCUCUUGCUUGAGCAUCAGAAGCUCCUGGAGGCAUCUAAACAGUCUGAGAAACUGAUUUCUGAUCUAAAACACGAAAAUUGUGAACAACAAGUAGAGGUGAAAUGCUUAUCUGAUCAAAUUAAAAUACUGAGGGUGGGACUUUACCAGGUGUUGAAGGCUCUGGAACUUGAUGCAAACCAGUGUGAAAGUAAAGCUGAGCAAGACCAAAAACUCCUGAACCAUUUACUCGACAGGCUUCAAGAAACACAAGAGUUUCUCUUCAAGAUGCAAGAUGAAAAGCAGCAGUUGGUUGUUGAGAACUCUGUUCUAGUUACUCUGCUUGGGCAACUGCAACUAGAGGUGGAAAAUCUUGUGAUGACUAAAAAUAUCCUUGAUCAGGAGUUGACAACCAGGUCUGAGCAGUUCUUGGUUUUGCAGAACGGGGCCCAAAAGCUUUCAGGGAUAAAUGAAGAGUUGAAAUUGAAGUUAAUAGAGGGAGACCACAAAGAGGAGGCUUUGAAGGUUGAACUAAACAAUCUUCACGGACAGCUGUCAGACUUGCAAGGUGCUCACCAGAACUUACAGGAAGAAAACUGCAAGGUUCUUGAUGAGCACAGAUCCUUGAAGAAAUCAUUUUCCGACCUGCGGAUGGAGAAAUGUAAACUAGAAGAGGAAAACUGCUGCAUUCUUGCUGAAACUGUAUCUGAAAGUACCCUUUCUCUAAUUUUCAGGGAGAUCAUCUGUGAAAAAUCUGCAGAAAUAAAAAGCCUCGGUGAAAAUAUAGAUAAACUGUAUCGUGACAAUAAUGGUCUCAGUGAGAAGUUGAACAAUCUGAAGUGCAAGUAUGAUGAGAUCGAGGUGAUGCAAGCAGAUCAAGAAAUUCAGAUCAUCAAACUAUCUGGAGAUUAUGAUCAGAAAAGUAAGGACGCUGAACACAUUUGUGAAGUAAAUCAGAAGUUGGAGUCUGAAAUGAGGAAAUUGCAUGAAGAAUUUCAAGAAGUUAAAUGCAGGGAGGAAAAUUUGAGUCAUGAACUGACAAAGGGAAGAAAUGAGGUUGAAUUACAAGAGUCUCAGGCUGUUGCAUUGUUUGGUGAACUACAGAUAUCUGCUGUCCGAGAAGCCUUGUUUGAAGGAAAGCUUCAUGAGCUCCUUAAAUUAUGUGAGAGCCUUGAAGAUGGAAAUUGCUCAAAAGACCUGGAGAUCAACCAGCUGAAAGAAAGAGUUAGUACUUUGGAAGGCAGAAAUGCAGAACUAAAAGAUCUGAUGGUUGCAUAUUUUCCAGCUUUCAUGUCUUUGAGGGACUGUGUAGCAUCACUGGAGAAGCGCACACUUUCAGAUGCGGCAUUUAAUGAAGUUGACAACAAGGAACUGAAGGAUGCUGCAAUGGUGGUGCAUGCUGAAAGCUGUCAACAAACGAGUGAAGGACAGAGUGGCUUGGUGCCAGGUGGAACUUUGAACUUCCAGGAAUUGCAAAUAAGGAUUAGAGCUAUUGAGAAGGCGGUCGUUGAGAAGGAGAGACUUGUUAUGCUGCAAAACUUGAGUUCUAGUUCCAAACUCGAUGCUGCAAUGAGGCAGAUUGAGGAGUUAAAAUCUGGAAGCAGCUUGCAUCGAGCAGGUGUUGAAACAAGGAAGCAUACUAAGCCAAAACCAGAGCAUGAGGAACUGAGGGCCAUGCCCAGUGAUGAUCUCACGCAGCAGAAACGAACACAUGAAAUAUCCGAGGAUGGUAGUGAAGUGAUGACAAAAGACAUAAUGCUUGAUCAGAUGUCUGAAUGUUCAUCCUAUGGAAUCAGCAGAAGAGAGACUAUGGAGACUAAUGAUCAGAUGCUUGAAAUAUGGGAAACUGCUGACCGGGAUGGUAGUAUUGACCUGACUGUUGGAAAAACUCAGAGGAUGACUGCUUCACAGGCGAAGAAAAAACACAUUACGCAGCGUACUUCUGCAGAAUCAAUGGUUGAGAAGGAGGUGGGUGUGGACAAAUUAGAGAUCUCAAGGAGCUUAUCAGGGUCUCGUCAAGAAGGAAAUGAGAGGAAAAUUCUAGAAAGACUUGAUUCGGAUGCUCAAAAGUUGACAAAUCUUCAAAUAACAGUUCAAGAUUUGAAGAGUAAGGUGGAGAUUACAGAGAAGAGCAAAAAGGGAAAAGGUAUUGAAUAUGAUAAUGUGAAGGAGCAGCUGGAAGAAUCCGAGGAGGCCAUCAUGAAGUUGUUUGAAUUGAAUCGCAAACUAAUGAAGACUGUUGAAGAUGAGCCAUUGUACUUUGAUGAGAAAUCGGCACUAACACCAGAUGAGAGUGGCAGUGUAAGGAGAAGAAAAAUAUCAGAAAAGGCAAGAAGAGUGUCAGAGAAAAUUGGGCGUUUGCAGUUGGAGGUGCAAAAAUUGCAGUUCCUUUUGCUGAAACUUGAUGACGAUAACAAAAGUAGACGAAAGACAAAAAUCAAAGAGCAAAAAGCUAGAGUUCUACUUCGGGACUAUCUGUAUGGCGGAACAAGAACCACCCAGAAGCGAAAGAAAGGGCCCUUUUGUUCAUGUAUGCAACCUCCAACUAAAGGAGAUUGA